AACAUUUACGAUGAUGCUCUAUCAGGGAGGAAAAUUCAAGUAGUAUUACCAAAAACGGCAUUCCAGUUACGCACACUCUACAGGCAUCUGAGCAGAGCAUAAAGACAAAAAGCACAUCUCAAGUCCAGGUUGGAGGUCCAAGCAGUAUAAGCAGUGGCAAAGUGAAGAAUGAAGCUGUCAGCCGGAAAGCUUUUGCAAUGCAAGAUAAGCUUUGGUCCAUAUAUGCAGCUGGUAAUACAGUGCCUAUUCCAUUUUUGAGGGCAACCGAUAUAUCCCCCAUUGCUCUCUUAUCAGACAAUGUUCUUGGAGGCAUGCAUCAGGAUAAUAGUGGAUCUGUAGCCGUGGAGGCACUACAGGAGCUUUUUACUGGUGAUGGACAGUCUAAGAAGGGACGAAGAGGGCAAAACGAGAUGCCCCUCCCUCCAUGUGUUUACAAAAGGCUCUUUACAAGUUCAACUCUAAUGAAUCUGGCACAAGCGUUAGCCUACCACAAGAUGUGUUACGAAGAUAUGCCGCUUCAAGAAAUGCAAGCAACUCAGGAGCAACAGACCAUUCAAAAAAUUUUUAGUGUAAAAAUGUGGUUUUUCGUUAAAAUGAACAGUACCGAAAACUUUUUGUUAAAGUUCCCUUUCAUUUUUCAUCAUGCCAAAGCAAAGCAUGCCCAGCUUUCCAUGAUUUUUUUUUCCAGUUAACAUAUGUAAAGAAUA